CACAAGUGGACUGAUUUGAUGCUCUCUAAUUUAACUGAUUUUCAAACUCAAAGCAGCACAAGUUAGAUUACAAAGAAGAUUACUUCCAGGUUUUUAUACCUCUGAGAGAAAAUCUAUUGAUAUCUAGAGCAACAGCAAAAAUGGAAAUUCCUGAUCUUGGUAAUCAGUGCGGUUUAUCAACAUGCCAGCAGCUUGAUUUCCUUCCAAUAGAGUGUCAGUUCUGUAACAAGAGUUUCUGCAAGGAACACUUCCCUCCCGACUAUCAUGGAUGUACUGGAGAAUAUAACAAAGUUGUGACUGAGGUGGUUGGACAAGGUGGUACUCUCCAUCAUUGUCAAUUGCCAGAAUGCAAAGAGGGUGAAUUAACACCUGUAAUUUGCCCUGGAUGCUCAAAAAAUUUCUGUCUAAAGCACAGGCAUCAAGUUGACCAUCAUUGUCCAGCAUAUAAGCCACCAGUAAAUCCCAUGGCAGAAGCUGCAGUGAAAAUCCAGGAGAUUACAGCACGCCUGGGAUCAGGUGCAUCUUCUAAAGGACAGGGAAGGAAAUCAGAUAAACUUGCAGCCAAGGUGCAGUUAAUGAAACUGAAGCAGAAGUCAUCUGGUCAGCAGAGCUUGCCACAGGAGGAAAGAGUUUAUCUGAUGAUUCUUCUCCCUAAGUGUCAUAGUAGUACAUCUCAACCAGUAUUUCUGUCCCAUCAUUGGACUAUUGGGAAAGCAAUUGAUACCAUCGCUACCAUAGCAAAGGUUCCCAAUCGCAAUAACAUCCUUGGGGCGGACAAAUUACUUCUUUUCCACGCCAGUGAUGGAUCUCGUCUUGGCUCUAUGGAAGCCAAUCUCAAACUGCUUCUUGAUGACCAACAGCUGAUCAAUGGACAGUCUCUGAUUUUAGAAUACAAGUGUCAAGACUGUCAAUACCUGGAAGAUUUUAAGAAUUACAAAUUAUAAUGUAACAAAAAUUGUUUUCAAAUAUAUUUCCUUACAUUU